AAAUAUUUAUUAAGCAUGGCAAAGAUGACCAAUCACUGCCUUUCGGCCAUUGUCCUUGUGUUUCUACCUGUAUUAGUAUUCGGCCAGACCAAGACGUGGUUAUUUGCAGUAAGUGGAAAUAGGCGACCCUGGAAUUUCAUUGACAGCGAUGGGGUGUUGAAAGGGGCGGAUCUAGAUCUGAUACAGGCAGUAUGUUCAAUUGCCAACCAGAAAUGCGCCACGACCUUAGCUCCUACAGAAGCCUGUGUGCAGACAAUUCGUGGUCGGUUUUACCCAGGAGAAGGUCUGAUGGAGCGAUGGUUCGAUGCCUGUACCGGAUAUGUGAGUUCAGUGGACCGUGUCAAUGCGUUACAGUUUACUAAUGCAAUACGGACCACCACCUCAACAUUCACGGUUCUGAAGGGAAAUCCUAAAAAGUUUGAUCCACAGAAUUUAAAGAAUGCUGUGAUAGUACACUUGAAUGGAGCUUUUACAAAUGAACAGUGUACAAUUAGGAUUGGCUUAGGAAAGCCGAAGCAAGUCAUAGUAGCUUCUGGAAUAGUAGAGGCAAAAGAACUCCUUCUUAAUCAAACUGCGGAUGCGUUAUUCUCCCCUCGUACAAACUUUAAUGAUCUGGAGGUUCUACCUGGACGGUACAGGUGUGACAUCAGCGGAGUAGGUAUGAUGGUGAGGAAAGACAGUGACCUCCCCUCGUGGUGGAACACAGCAUUCGAAGAGUAUUAUUUGUCAGGUGCAUACAACAAUGCAUGUGACCAGAUCAACCAAAAAUAUGGAGGAUUUCCUGUAAAGAAUUGCUUACCUCGACCACCUGCAGGAAAACAGCGAGUUGGAAGCACCGGAAGUGGCCAAAUUAAAAAGAGAAAGAACCAUUUCGUAGUAUAUUUCCGUCGUAAUAAUAAGUAGAGUUAGUAUAAAAUAAAAUAAACGAAAUAAAAAGAGAAGACAAUUUUCAAGCAAAACAUGUCAAAGCUUCACGCUGGACGGUGAUUUAAGAUACUCAUGUUGUUAAAAAUUAUUUUUGUCUUUUGAUAUUAUAAGUGGAAAGUAUGGGCACGUAAACGUGCUAAUUGCAUAAUUUGCAAAUAAUAUCAAAGAAGAGUGCGCUUUCAUGAUUAACAUUUACACUUUAAAAGAAAUAUUUAAGGCCCAUUCUGCAUAAAACUGAUAUAAAUACGAUUUCUUUUAUAAACUAGUGUGUUAAUAAUUUAUCGAAAUUUUAAAGAUAUAUGAAAUGACUUUUUUUUUUGGUUGUCUUGAAUAUUUUAAA